UACUUUCUUUUGAUUAGGAAGAAGUCUCUGCAGCGAUGUCGGAGACCGCUCCCGCCGCCGCUCCCGCUGUCGCGGCCCCCGCCGCCAAGGCCGCCGCCAAGAAGCCGAAGAAGGCGGCGAGCGGCUCCAAAGCCCGCAAGCCCGCGGGGCCCAGCGUCACCGAGCUGAUCACCAAGGCCGUGUCCGCCUCCCAGGAGCGCAAGGGGCUCUCUCUCGCCGCGCUCAAGAAGGCGCUGGCCGCCGGCGGCUACGAUGUGGAGAAGAACAACAGCCGCAUCAAGCUGGGGCUCAAGAGCCUCGUCAGCAAGGGCACCCUGGUGCAGACCAAGGGCACCGGCGCCUCCGGCUCCUUCCGCCUCAGCAAGAAACCCGGAGAAGUGAAGGAAAAAGCUCCCAAGAAGAGAACAGCUGCAGCCAAGCCCAAGAAGCCGGCGGCUAAGAAGCCCGCCAGCGCCGCCAAGAAGCCCAAGAAGGCGGCGGCGGUGGUGAAGAAGAGCCCUAAAAAAGCCAAGAAGCCGGCGGCCGCCGCAGCCAAGAAAGCAGCCAAGAGCCCCAAGAAGGCGACAAAGGCUGCCAAGCCCAAAAAAGCGGCGGCAGCAGCGAAGAGCCCGGCUAAGGCCAAAGCGGUGAAGCCCAAAGCAGCCAAGCCCAAGGCGGCCAAGCCGAAAGCAGCGAAGGCGAAGAAGGCAGCGCCCAAGAAAUGAGGUGUUGAAGUGGAAAUACUUUUAAACCCAACGGCUCUUUUAAGAGCCACCCACUAUUGUCCCCAAAAGGGCUGAUACACUCCGUAACUGAGCUCCCUGCCUGCAGCAGAGCUAACUAUUCGCCACUAUCCGUGUGGGACGUUCGUCUGUGGAGUGGAUGGGACGCUAAACUUCAGGCCGUGGUUUUACACUAAGACUUGGAAAAAUAAAAGUUUACGUUCUCUGCGAAAA